AUGCUGGUGUGGUGGGUGACAGCUGGCAACUCACCAGCAACAGUGGAGUAUGGGGAGAGCCGCGGCCAGUACACCAGAGUGGCCUCAGGGAUUGUGACUGGUUAUCGGUUCAACAAAUACACGUCGGGGUACAUUCACAAGGUGCUGCUGGGGCGGCGCUUCAAUGACGGCCUCUUAAAGCCCGCCACCACCUACUUCUACCGCCUGGGAGGCGCGGGGCCCGAGUUUGCCUUCAAAACGCCACCGCUGCCAUCCCAGCCCAUUGAUGUGGCACUCUUUGCUGACAUGGGCCAAAAGCCACCAGCAGCCGACACCAUCUCUCGCCUCUCCCGCACGGCACACUCUCUAGUCGUUUUCCCAGGGGACCUCUCCUAUGCCAACGGCAACCAACCACAGUGGGACACGUGGCAGGAGCUCAUCCAGCCGGCGGCGUCCCUCCGACCCUGGAUGACAGCCCCGGGGAACCACGAGGACGAGGCUGACGAGGGCGCGCCGAGCCUGAACCCCUUCAAGGCGUACAACCUGCGCUGGCCCAUGCCCGCUGCUGCCAGCGGGUCGUCGUCGAAUCUCUUCUACUCGUUUGACAGUGGCAGCAUUCACUGGGUGGUGCUGUCGUGCUACAAUGACUAUUCCCAAGGGUCUGCCCAGUACAAUUGGCUCCAGGCGGACCUAUCCAAGGUGAACCGCAGUGUGACGCCGUGGUUGAUAGCGGUGUUUCACGAGGCAUGGUAUCACAGCAACAAGGAGCACCACCUCAGUGGGGAGGCCAUGCGGGUGGCACUUGAGAAGACGUUGUAUGAUGCACGCACGGAUGUGGUGGUGUGCGGCCACGCGCAUUCGUACGAGCGCACGGUGCCGCUUUACAACAAUGCCCAGGACCCAUGUGGCAUGGUGCACCUGACUGUCGGCACUGGUGGGGACGACCUCUAUACAAGUUUCCUCUCCCCCAAGCCUUCAUGGUCGGCCUUCCGGCAGGCAGCGUAUGGGUUUGGGGUGCUGUCGGUGGGAGGGGGCGCCAGCAAGGGCGAGGCGGUGUGGAGGUGGAGGAGGAACAGCGAUGCAGCGGGGGUGACAGCAGAUGAGGCCAGCAUCAUCUCGCAUGCCAGCACCAAGGCUCCUGCGCAGUGCCGGGUGUAA